AGGACUGGGACCGAAGAAGAGGAAAGACAGGGAGCCCAAUAAAAGAUCGAGAAAGAAAACACUACGGCAAGUUAUCGCACAGUGUGUUCUCGUACAAAAAUGGAUAAAGAUGUUAUGUCACAGACGUAAAGAAAUGUAAUGUUUACUUCUUUUGCUUGUAUCCCCAAUUAUGACAGAAAAAUAACCGAUUGAUGUCACGGUAUGUCUGUGCUAUCACCCACAAUCCUUUGUCCAUUUCCGCCAUAUUUGUUUUGAUUUUUCAGCUGACCAGGUAGGACAUUCAAUAUUUAUUCAUGCAACGUCAUAAAAUACGGGAACCACACACUGUGGGUAGUUCAAUAUGGCCCAGAGCUUUCUUAGAAGAUGUAUUACCAAGCAAAUGGUUUUACGGCCGGUCCAGACAUUUAUCCUAGCAACCACGAUCAUCAUCUUUUUCAUUGUCUUGUUUGGAACCAAAAUCUUUAAACAAAGCUCUCAUGUUAAGAUAGCUAGACAAUCGGGUAUAUAUAGCCCAGAUAUAAGCCAUCUACAGAACAGAAUAAUGGAUCAUCUAAAGAAAGAUAGUGGGAUUACGGAAUCCACCAGGAUUGAAACAUUUCUCUUCGUGCUCGUGCUGACGGCUCCAAAAUCACUGCAGAGAAGAAAAGUCAUCCGAGAGACGUGGAUCGGGCAAUCAAAAAUCAAGACAUUUGUAACUAGAUUUGUUAUUGGUGGAAAGACACUGUCAUCAGAGGAAAGAAAAUCUCUAGACUCUGAAAACAAACGAUACGGAGAUUUAUUAAUUUUAGAAAACCUCGAGGAUGGAUAUAAACGACUUUCUUUAAAAGUCCUGGAGACUAUAAAAUGGAUCGAUAGUAAUGUAGAUUGUUCUUAUGUGCUGAAGGUUGAUGAUGAUUCAUUUGUUCGAUUGGAUUUGCUAGUGAACGAGCUUAAAACUGUUUACAAUCAAGACAACCUCUACUGGGGAUUUUUUAGAGGAGAUGCAAAUGUCAAGAAGCGUGGCCCGUGGGCGGAAAAGAACUGGAUCUUAUGUGAUCAUUAUCUGCCCUAUGCUGAUGGUGGGGGGUAUGUACUGGCGUCAAAGCUUGUCCGAUUUGUUGCAAGGAACUCGGAACUACUUCAGCUUUAUAAUAGUGAAGACGUUUCUCUAGGUGCAUGGCUUGCUCCGCUAAAGAUCCACAGAGUCCAUGACACAAGGUUCAAUACAGAAUACCGCUCACGAGGCUGCAACAACAAACACCUCAUCAGUCACAAGCAGAGUGUGGAGGAUAUGAAAGACAAAUACUCCAGCUUGGAAGAGACUGAUAACUUGUGCAGAGAGGAGAUAGAAGAGAUGAGGUCCUUUGAGUACGACUGGAAGGUUCCUCCAUCUCAGUGUUGUAAGAGGACCUAUGGCCUGCCAUGAUGACUUGUGCUGAGAGGAAAUAGAAGUCAUGGAGUUUUUCAAUUUAAUUUAAGUCCCCCAUACUUUAAGAGGUUAUAUGGCCUGCCAUGAUGACUUGUGCUGAGAGGAAAUAGAAGUCAUGGAGUUUUUCAAUUUAAUUUAAGUUCCCCAUACUUUAAGAGGUUAUAUGGCCUGCCAUGAUGACUUGUGCUGAGAGGAAAUAGAAGUCAUGGAGUUUUUCAAUUUAAUUUAAGUCCCCCAAACUUUAAGAGGUUAUAUGGCCUGCCAUGAUGACUUGUGCUAAAAGGAGAUAGAAGUCAUGGAGUUAUUUUAAUACAAUUUAAGUCCCCAAUACUUUAAGAGGGUAUAUGGCUUGCUAUGAUGACUUUUGCUGAUAGGAGAUGGAGGUCAUGGAUUUAUUUGAAUACAAUUUGAAUCCUCAUACUCGAAGAGGGUAUAUGGCUUGAGGAGAUAGCAGUUAAAAUAGGUCUGUGAUGUUCUCCUCUCUCAGUGCUGUAAAGGGAAAUUAGUCUUCUAUGGAGAUUUAUUAUUUGCAUGAUAAGUUUUGGUGCUUGUUGUCCAAUGAUAUCCAUCUACUAAUAAGAAAUGUUUUCCCCUCACCUAUUUCUAUUGAUGGAACAUUGUUUCUUUCUUCAUAUGGCUCCAUCUUCAAUUAGUAAUAGUGGUAAGGUGGGGUUGCUUCUAAACAUAAUCAUUGGGCUGAGGGUGCAGUGAAUCCUCAUUUAAAUCAAACUUUUAGUUACAGAAAGUGAAUAGUAUUCUAGGAUUAUUUUAUUCGAAUUGAAUUUAAACAAUUUAGGCAUCUUAGGGCUUAUUUUGCACCUUCGAACCCCCAUUGAACAAAUUACCUGUUGUUAUCUGUGAUGUACUCAGGCUUCAAAAGUGCUAGCUAUUCUUUCCAGAGGCCAGCUCAGGUUUAAUUGUUGGAGCCAUAAAUAAGAAUUAUUAUAGAGAGAGCUUUAUUUAUAUGUAUCAUUUUCAUCAAUUGCUAUGAAAGGUUCACAUUUAUUACUUAUUGAUUUUAUUAAUAUUAUUUGUACUGUCUAAAGGAACAAUUUUCUACUAGGCUAUUUUCUACUAGUACUAUUUCUAAACAAAUAAAGAUCUAUUACGGAUA